AUGUGUACCAACAGGGCAAACUUAAGGUAGGUAGCUUCUAAGGAUGUAUGUAUCUUAUUCGCAGUCCAUAGUGAGAGCCAUGUGACGAGGUCGCAACUGACCCCUGCGCCAGGCUAAGAGCACUUAGGCGGGAUGUGGCCGCAUACUUAGACCAUGUCUAUAGCUACCGGCGGCCUGAGGGACUAUGGCGAGGGAAACGCCUUCUUCGGCGAAAAAUCAGGCAUCUCCAUGCGCGACCUCACCGUGGACGACAUUCGAGAUUGCCUUCGACCGCUUCCAGACGAAGAGAUCCACCCUCUUCUGCCAGAAAAUGGGAAUAUCACCGUGGCAAUAGAUGAUGUGGCAAGCUUCUACGUCAAGCGAACGGCGUGGUCUACGCACCUCGACUUCUGAGGGACAGAGUCCCUGGCCAAGUUGAUGCUCAAGAAGCCCGGACCAUGGAGCUCCCUCAUACGGCAUCCGCAUCCCAACAU